GGUAACUAGCCGGUCUUUAACAAGUAUUGAGUUAACAAAAUUACUAAAAAAAAAUAAAAUUUUUUUUUUUACUAUCAGCUAAUUUUACCUCGUGGUGUAAAUUGUUUAAAAUAAUUGUUUUUUUUAUUAAGUACGAUCAUUUAAAAGCAUCCUCCGCACCCUAUUUCGUUGCCCGCCAAUACUGAACAGGCGGGAAGACCACGUGACGUUGUUUAGCGAAUGAACGUCAUGAGAUUUGAAAUCGUGCGUGGUCUUUGUUCACGAGUUGAGACCGUCAACGUUACUUCAGUUCCGUGAAGGGGACCCUGUGUUGGUGAUCCGUUUAUCCAUGGUCGCUGCUGCCGAAAAAAACUACGUUAUUUUCACAUUUAAUUUAUAUAGAUAUAUAGUACAUAUAUUUAAUAAGUGAAAGUGGCGUUUUUAAUAAUAAUUAUUCCAGAGAUAUUUAUUCGCAAUUGUCAUCAUUACGCUGAGUGAAUGUUGAAUACUGAGAGCAGACCUAGCGUUGGGUUGGACCAGGGAGCAACAGCCAGGGAUCCUUGGCUAACAAAUAACAUGGAUUACUAUCUGGGAACAGAUAGUCUAUCCUUGCAGGAGAUGCUGGAUGUCGACAUAAAGUGCGAGGUCGAAAGCCUUAUCGGUGGGAAUCCAACAGUAGGAUUCUGUUUCAAAGAAAUGUCCCCGCUGGAGCUAGAUGAUGAUCCAGUGGACUAUCACAGCGACUUGAACAGCUGGUUCGGCUCGGCCAGUCUGCUAAACGGCAACAGCAACAGCUCUCACAGUAAUUUCAACCUUGACCUUAAUGGAGAUGUCUCGUCGAUAAUGGUGAAUCCAAAUUCAGUGAUGCCGAUUUUGGUAUCAAGAACUCCGACUCCCAGCAACAACAGUAGUAGUAAUAAUAGUAAUAACAACAACAACAACAAUAACAACAACAAUACCACCAGCAACAACAACAAUAAUAGUAAUAGUAAUAACAAUAAUAAUACUUAUGCUAAUAGUAAUACCAACCACCAUAAUAAUUGCACGAACAACAACAACAACAACAACAACAACAAUAAUAAUAGUAAUAACAAUAAUAACAACAGCAGUAGUAAUAACAAUAAUAUUUUUAAUGGGGUCUUACAAGCAAGAAGACAUUUCUCAUUUCCCAUUAAGAGCGAAAUAAAAACAGAAAAGGUCGAAGUUGAGGAUGAUGUCGAGACUGGCAAUGAAACGGAUAAUGAGCAUUACGAGAAUGACAUCACCGAAACAGAGGAUGAAGAAGAUGACGAUGAUGAUGAUGAUGAAGAGGAAGAAGAAUCUGAAGACGAACAGGAUGAAGAAACUGUAAUGAUGAACGCUGCGAGGUCAAUUAAAUUGAAACAGCCACAACAGCAGCAGCAACAACAACUUCAACAAUUACAACAGCAGGCUCAAAACAAUCAACCUCAGCAACAAAUGCACCUCAAAACAGUUCCAACCAUCAAGACGUUACCCCCACAGGCGAUGACUAAAAUAACAAACGGACAGAAAGUUGAUCCUCUGGCUCAAAUUAGAGUAAGAAAUUUGAAACUGAUUCAGCAACACAGUCCCAAUGUCCAGACACAACAUGUAAGAAAAAUCUUCAAUAAUAAUAUGCAUAUUACAUCACCAAGUACAACUGGAAAUUCAACCUUGAAAAGGGAUAAGGAUUUUACUCUUAAUAUUGCGGAGUAUGAUGAGAAGCCCUAUCCAAAACCAGCCUACUCCUACUCUUGUCUUAUCGCAAUGGCAUUGAAGAACAGCCAGACGGGCUCGCUGCCAGUAUCUGAAAUAUAUAAUUUUAUGUGUGAACACUUUCCGUACUUCAAAACAGCGCCAAAUGGAUGGAAAAAUUCAGUGAGGCAUAAUUUGUCACUGAAUAAGUGCUUUGAAAAAAUAGAAAAGCCAGCAGGCAAUGGAAAUCAACGCAAAGGUUGUUUGUGGGCGAUAAACCCACAAAAAAUAGCGAAGAUGGACGAGGAAGUACAAAAAUGGUCACGAAAAGAUCCUUUGGCGAUAAAGAAGGCCAUGAUAUACCCGGAUCACUUGGAGCUGCUUGAACGUGGGGAGAUGAAAUACGCUGGAAAUGGAGGCGACGAUCUGUCGGAAGAAGCGGAGAGUUCUGGUGAUGAAACUGCCGAAGAGAAUACAACUUAUGAUGAACCGUCACUCGGACACAUUGCCGCUAACUCCGUGACUGAUAGUUAUGAUGAAAGCAGUCAAGACUGUGACAUCGACAUCACUGAACAUUUGUACGAUGAAAUUGACAUUGAAGACAACAAAGAAGCUCUUCACAUGCAGUUUAAUAUCGCUAAAGACGAACCAUACGAAUAUGAAUUGAGCCCCAGUGCCAAGAGACAGAAGACCUUGACUGGUACUAUUCAAGGAAAUUACGUGUAUCAAUCUGUAGCGACGUCUCGCAGGAAAACGCCUUUGCUCGUAAGAACGGGUGCUGCGAAUGGCGCUUUUCUUAAGAUAGAAUAGAUUUUUUUUUUUUUUUAUGGUAA